CAUUAAUUCAUAACGUUGAAGGAAACAGUUUCAGUUUAAUUUUCAACCAUUGUAACAAUUUAUAAUCUCAUGUGUUGUGGGAUCAUAAACAUCAGUUCAUUUCUGAUUGUGAAUGAAGCUAUAGAUUACCGUCACUUCGUUACCAAAAUUUACAAUGGCUUUUAGUGGGUUGAUGAGUGUUCAAUCAUUGAAAUUGGGUUUACUCCCAAUAGUUUCGUAUUUUAUUUAUGUUUAUCUAUUAAAACCUGCUUUAAAUUUUGUUCAUAUUGUCAUUCAUUAUCAUGGAUUUCCCUGUUAUCCGAAAAACUUUCUUCUUGGACACUUGAAGCUAUUGUGGACAAACUUUCCAUUGCCAUACAACGUUGAAAGAAUGAAAAGAAAGUUUUAUGAAGUGACCAAUAAAAUGGCUGCUCAUGAUCAAGACCAAUCUUUAACAGUUGGUUGGAUUUCCUUGCAUCCGAUCAUAAUUCCUGUGGUUCCUGAUGCAGUGGAGGUUAUAAUGAACAAGAAAAAUUUGAAAAAACAAUUUUUUUACAAAUUCAUGGGCCUAGGGAAUGGACUAAUACCUUCAGAACCUGCCCUUUGGAAGGUUCGAAGGAAAUUGAUUGAACCUUUUUUCUCGACCAAGCAGAUGAAAGGUUUUGCUAAACACAUAAAUCAAGAGGUUGAAUCAUUCACUAAACAAUUGUAUGGGGAAACGGGUAAACCUGUUGACUUGGAGGAUCAAAUACAUAGCAGUACAUUGAAUAUCAUUUUAAAGUCUUCUUUAAGUAUUCCUUUGGAUGAUUCAAUCGAAGAUAAAAAGUCAUUGACAGAGCUAGUUAAUAAAGUGGAAUUGAAUGGUGUGAAAAGAUGCCUGAAUCCGCUUUACUAUAUUGAUUGGAUUGCCAAGUUUACGAAUUUUGGUCGAUAUUAUUUUGAAACCCUUGAUUCAGUCGAGAAAAUACUCAAAAAGAUGUUAAUUCGCAGAAAGCAACUGAUAAGUUCAACAUCGCAUGAAUCAGAGAAUCAGGAUUUCGUUCUUUUACUUGAAGGUAAAGUGGAUGAACGCGGAUUUUUUGAUGAAUUGAUAACUAUGAUUGGAGCUGGACAUGAAACAACGUCAGUGGGCUUACGUUGGAUUUUAUUCAAUCUCGGCCACCAUCCAGAUGUGCAAGAACGACUUUAUCAAGAGAUUGUUCAAUUUUUCCCUGAUGAUACACCAGUCGAUGAUAUGGAUAAAAUAAACCAAUGCAAUUAUCUUGAUCAAUGCAUAAAAGAAUCACUUCGCCUGAAUCCUCCUGUCCAUGCUUUAUCGAGAGACCUUACAGAAGAUAUCAUGGUAAAGGAUAAAAGACUUCUUAAAGGCUCGAUAGUUGUAGUUUCAAUUUCAAUAAUCCAUCGUAACCCAAAUGUUUACCCAGAACCAGACAAAUAUGAUCCUGAUAGAUGGACCCCUGAGAAUGCGUCCAAAAUACCUAAAGCUGCUUAUAUACCCUUCGGUUAUGGACCACGAUCUUGCAUUGGAUACCGAUAUGCAAUAUUAGAACUCAAGAUUUAUACAAUACAAAUCAUUCGUAAAUUUAGUUUGAGAUCAACUCGGAAACAUGGAAGUAUUCCUGUCAUGUCUGCAGUUACACUGAAGCCAUGUUUACCUUUGGAAAUAAUUGUGACACCAAGAAAUAACAAUUUUAUAAUUCAUAAUUUCAUGUGUUGUGGGAUCAUAAGCAUCAGUUCGUCCCUGAUUGUGAAUGAAGCUAAAGAUUAUCGUGAUUUUUUACCAAAAUUUACAAUGGCUUUUAGUGGAUUGAUGAGUGUUCAAUCAUUGAAAUUGGUUUUGCUUCCAAUAGUUUUAUAUUUUAUUUAUGUUUAUCUAUUGAAACCUGCUUUACAUUUUGUUCAGCAGGUCAUUCAUUAUCAUGGAUUUCCCUGUUAUCCGAGAAACUUUCUAUUCGGACAUUUGCUUCUAUUUUGGACAAACUUUCCAUUUCCAUUCAACGUCGAAAGUUUUCAAAGAAAGUUUUAUGAAGAAACCAAUAAAAUGGCUGCUCAUGAUCAAGACCAAUCUGUAACAGUUUGUUGGCGUUCCUUGAUGCCUACCAUAAUUCCUGUGAGUCCUGACGCAGUGGAGGUUAUAAUGAACAAGAAAAGUGUGAAAAAACUAUUUUUUUAUAAAUUCAUGGGCCUAGGAAAUGGACUGAUAGCGUCAGAACCUGCCCUUUGGAAGGUUCGAAGGAAAUUGAUUGAACCCUUUUUCUCGACCAAAAAGAUUAAAGGUUAUGCUAAACACAUGGACCAAGAGGUUAAAUCAUUCACUCAACAAUUGAAUACGGAAACCGGUAAACCUGUUGACUUGGAGGAUCAAAUACAUAGCAGUACUUUGAAUAUCAUUUUAAAGUCUGCUAUAAGUAUUCCUUUGGAUGAUUCAAUCGAGGAUAAAAAGACAUUUACAGAGCUAAUUAAUGAAGGGGAAUCAAAUUUGGUGAGAAGAUCACUAAAUCCGCUUUGCUAUAUUGAUUGGGUUGCCAAGUUCACGAAGUUUGGUCGAUAUUAUUUUGAAACGUGUGAUUCACUCGAAAAAGUACUCAAAAAGAUGUUAAAUCGCAGAAAGCAACUGUUAAGUUCAACAUCGCAUGAAUCAGAGAAUCAGGAUUUUAUUCUUUUACUUGAAGGUAAAGUGGAUGAACAAGGAUCGCUCGAUGAAUUGAUAACUAUGAUUGGAGCUGGACAUGAAACGACGGCAGUGGGUUUACGUUGGAUUUUAUUCAAUCUCGGCCACCAUCCAGAUGUGCAAGAACGACUAUAUCAAGAGAUUUGUCAAUUUUUCCCUGAUGAUACACCAGUAGAUGAUAUGGAUGAAAUCAACCAAUGCAAUUAUCUUGAUCAAUGUAUAAAAGAAUCACUUCGCCUGAAUCCUCCUGUUCAUGUUUUUAUAAGAGAACUCGAAGAAGAUGUCAUGGUAAAGGAUAAAAGACUUCUUAAAGGUUCGACAGUUCUAGUGUCAUGUCCAAUAAUCCAUCGUAACCCAAAUGUUUACCCAGACCCAGAAAAGUAUGAUCCUGAUAGAUGGACCCCUGAAAAUGCGUCCAAAAUACCCAAAGCAGCUUAUAUACCAUUUGGUUAUGGACCACGAUCUUGCAUUGGAUACCGAUAUGCACUAUUAGAGCUCAAGAUUUAUACAAUUCAAAUCAUUCGUAAAUUUAGUUUGAGAGCAACUCGGAAACGAGAAAGUAUUCCUAUCAAGUUUGAAGUCACUCUGAAGCCAUGUUUACCUUUGGAAAUAAUAGUGACACCAAGAAAUAACAAUUAAAAACUGCAAGAGUUUAAAAAUGUAAUCAGUCCAAAAAGACUUACUUGUUAGACCGAUAGUAUAAUAGGGAAUUAUGAAAGAUAUUUAAAUAAAGAUACUGAAAUUUUAUGACUUACAAAGCGUUUAGGGUGAUAAAACUACAAGUCUUUGUACUCGAUAUGGAAAUUUGGUCGGCUACAGAAGAAGAUAAUAUUAAGAUUAUCUUAUCCAGAAGUAAACAUUUGGAUUUAGACUUAUAAACAAAAAUCGAUAAAAUUUAUUAAAACGAAAUCGAUAUUAUUGGUGAAUACAAAAAUAUUAAUAUUAAAAUAGAUAUUCCAAGUGA